AUGUCUAAUCAAGCAAGAAUUGACUAUCAGAUUCGAUUAAGUGCAACAAUUGAUUAUGAUCGAUUUUUGUUACAACAAGGUCUUCUAUUUCGUGGACAUGAUGAAACUGAAAAUUCAAAAAAUCAAGGUAGUUUUCUUGAACUCCUACAAUGGUUAUACAACCAUAAUAAAGAUAUUGAAGUCGUUUCUUUGAAAAAUGCUCCUGAAAACUUGAAAUUGACUGCACUAGACAUCCAAAAAGAUAUUGUGAAUUGUAUUGUAGUAGAAAUUGUCAAAUCAAUCAUACAAGAUAUUGGUGAUAAGUUGUUUUCAAUUUUGAUUGAUGAGUCGAAGGAUAUAUUUUCAAAGGAGCAAAUAUCAAUUGUGUUGAGAUAUGUAGACAAAGGGUGUGUAAUUGAGCGAUUUGUCGAUAUUGUACAUGUUACUGAUACAAGUUCUUUAUCACUUAAAGAAGCUAUUGAUGGAUUCUUUUCUAUACAUGGAUUAAACAUGACAAGUUUGCUUGGACAAGGUUAUGAUGGAACAAGCAAUAUGCGAGGAGAAUUUAAUGGAUUGAAAACAUUAAUUUUGAGAGAAAAUAAAUGUGCAUUUUACAUUCAUUGUUUCUCUCAUCAACUUCAAUUAGCUUUAGUAGUUAUUGCAAAAAAUCAUGUAGAGAUCGCUGGUCUUUUUCUUUUAGUUGUAAAUGUGGUGAAUGUUAUUGGUGCAUCAGCAAAACGUCGAAACAUGUUAAGAGAGAAACAUAGUGUCAACACUUUUGAAGCUCUGAAUAAUGGUGAGCUGUCAAGUGGAAGAGGAUUAAAUUAG